ACCAACAGACACUUACGUGUCAUUUCCGCUACUAGAGUUUCAACUUCGUGGAGCGGAAGAGAAGAAAGGAGAGAAAUGGCGUUGAAGGAAGAAUUCGAAGAGUAUGCUGAGAAAGCUAAGACUCUGCCCGAAACUACUACCAAUGAGAACAAACUCAUUCUCUAUGGGCUUUACAAGCAAGCAACUGUUGGAGCUGUCAACACCAGCAGGCCUGGGAUGUUCAGUCUCAAGGAAAGAGCUAAGUGGGAUGCAUGGAAGGCUGUUGAAGCAAAAUCGAAGGAGGAGGCUAUGAGUGACUACAUCACCAAGGUGAAGCAGUUGCAGGAGGAGGCUGCUGCUGCUUGAUCAUAAUAUAGUAAAUGAACGCUCGCUGCUUAUAUGUUCUAUAGAACAAAAUACUCGGCACUUAAAUUAAACAUUCGUCUAGCAUUUUAAUCUUUAGUAAAAGGCACCAACCGCCUCAUCAUCAUUCUGGAA